CGGCGGCCGCGGCCGGAGGCGGGGCUGCACGCGCACGCGCUGCGUCUCCAGGCAACGGGGUCACAGCGGCGGGCGGAGGGCGCCUGCGCGGGGCGGUGAGUGGGGGCUGGCGCCGGGAGUGCUCCGGAGCGGAGUGGUCUCCGAGCGCCUCAGGCUUCAAUCCAGACCCCGAAUGGCUGAUCUCCACUUGCCACCACCUCUGCCUGUGGGUGUGAUGCUCCCGCACAAUAAAAGGAAAGCUCCCGGGCUCCGCUCCAGUAAGCAAGACCCCUACGAGAAAGGCGACUCUCCCCAGCUGACCUCAGCGGGGCACCUGAGGGAUAAUUCCCAGGAGAAGCUCUUGAGCAACCAAGAGCUGACGCUGAGUCAUCUCUAUACGCACAACACACGGAACCCCGGUGAGAAAGCUGGCAGCUCCUUCUAUCCCCACCGUGCUGGACUCAGCCAGCAAGACCCAAAAAGCCACCUCCAGAGCCAGGCAAAGGAUUUGUUUUACUCCUCAGGCCCUCAGGCCCGGUAUCCCAAAGCGAGCAACCACGAGUUCAUCCCCUUUACGAAGAAGCGAGUCGGAGUGGACCGGGCGUACCCCCUGAAACCCGUGUUCCACCGGAAGUCUCAUAGCACAGGCGAGACCGGCCUGGAUGGGGACCAACACGUCUCGCCGAGACCCCCCGUGCCCAGGGAGUUCCCGUACAGCGGCUUUGGUUUGAGGAACUGGGCCAGUUCAUCUGUGGUUGGUACUGUGGUUGCCGGGCAGGAGGAGAGGCCUGUGGCAAACCCCACCCGGACUGAGUGGAUGCAGAUCCAAAGACUAGAAGCUGCGGGGGAGAAUUGGGAGGAGGAGAUCCGAAGGAAAGAGACCCUCCUGCGGGAAAAGCUGAAGAAGACAGAGGAAGAGCUCAGGAGGAUCCAGAAGGAAAAAGAACAGUCUGAGGACAAUGAAAGAAGAGAGUUCCAGAGACUGGCCCUCUCCAGGAGGAGACUGAAAGGUUAUAGCAGCACCCCCUACAGACCCGUCUUCUCCCCCGAGUAUGGCUCUCAGGAGGUCUUCAGUGGAGAGGAUGAAACGUGGGGAGGGUCCCAAGAAAACUGUAGUCCGUUCCACUUCUCUGGUUAUGGGCUACAGAAGCUCAAAAGGGAAAGGCUAGUGGCAAGCAAUCACAAAACCCGAGGCCAAGCCUCAGGGCAGGUGAAGGAGAAGUUUUCUCAGCCUACGGAAGCGCCAGGCGGUGUUUGGCCUGUGUCCACCAGCAAUGCUAACCUGUCGAGGGCACCACACUCCGCAGGGUCCAGCCGUUCCACUGAAGAGCCAGAGCUGGGCAAAUGCAGCCACUGUGGACGCAAGUUCCUCUUGCUCCGGCUGGAGAGACACUCCAACGUCUGCAGCAGGAUGCAGGGUUCCAAGAGGAAAGUGUUUGACUCCUCUAGGGCCCGGGCCAAGGGCACAGAGCUGGAGCAGUACUUGAACUGGAAGGGACCAGCCUCAGUCAAGGCUGAAGCUCCACGGAAGAGCAACUGGAGACAGAAGCAUGAAUCUUUCAUCCGCACCCUACGCCAGGCUCGCGAGGUCCAGCGGGUAAUUGCCAAAGGUGGAAACCCCUCCGACCUGCCUCCCAUCCUGCCUGCAGAAAAUCCCGACUAUAUCCAGUGUCCGCACUGCAGCCGUCACUUUGCUCCUAAGGUGGCUGAGCGGCACAUUCCCAAGUGUAAGACCAUCAAGAACCGUCCUCUGCCUCCGAGGAAGCAUUCCAGUUGAGGACACCUCCUCAAUAGUUCCAGAAAGCUCUGUUUCUCUUGAGCGGUACGUCGGAGUAGAAUGAUUUGAUGCAAAGCAGGAAGAACUAGAAUUUUUACACCUCCCAGAUCUGCCUGCAGAGCUGAAACCAGGGAGGAGAAACCCACUGCUAAGCAGCAGGAGACAGAAGGAAGCCUCAGCCUCCCACCGAUUACCACCUCAGGCUGGUGUGCCUUAUGUUAUUGCCCUAAGAACUGGUGGGUGAAGACAGUUAAGAGUAGCAAGCAGCCUACAUUAAAGCUGUCUUCUCACAA